AUGCCGACUUUCAUCAAAACGCCCGUGGCCUUUACCCUAAAAUUGCCGUGUACGUAUUAUAUCCUUCACUUAUAUAUAAACUUCCCAUCCGAGAAAUCAGCCUCGUGCCCUCUUUAUCGGUCCACCCGCUCUUUGCUCCCACAUAUUCUUUUUUUUCCGUCAGCGACACCUCCAUCCCGAGUCCCUAAACAAUGCCUGCUGAGAGAUCCCGGGGCUCAUUGAAGCGCGAGUCUUCAGAUGUUGGCGCCCAAUUAACUUGGACCCUUCCUUUUGAGCCUGCGUCUCCUCAGAACAUUGCCUUUGCACCGAACGUAACACCCAUAACUUUCAACGAACCACUUCUCACCGUUGAAACUACCUUUGAACCCGUGCUCUUUCCCACUCCUACUGGGGAAUGUUCGUCUCGCCGGCCCACGCAUAGCAAAAAGCGGCCCGACGAUCAUAUUCCCCGUCCCCCCAACGCCUUCAUCCUCUUCCGCUCAUCCUUCAUUAAAAGCCAGCACGUAUCCACUGGAGUAGAAACUAACCACAGCACACUUUCAAAGAUAAUUGGUCUUACGUGGCAGAAUAUGCCUCAUGACGAGCGUCAGAUCUGGCACGCAAAGGCGAAGAAGGCAUUGGAGGAUCACAGGCGGAAGUGGCCGCAGUAUGCUUUCCGUCCUUCCCAUACGAAAGCGAAGGGUGGGACCGAGAAGCGCAAAGUUCGGGAAGUCGAGCCGAAGGACAUGAAGCGUUGCGCGAAAAUUGCUGAGCUCCUUGUAGAGGGCAAGAAGGGCCAGGAGCUCGAACACGCAAUUCAAGAAUUCGACCGCACGCAUGUCCCUGAGGUGGUUACGCGCUUCGAGGCUCCCAUUACUGCUCGGGCAUAUCGCCGAUCUUCAUCCGCUCCCAUUGACAACCCAGAAACGAACAAGCCAUUCCUUUUAUCCUCGCCUGCGCCCCGUCGUGUACGUUCUACAAGCAGCCAUCCGUCUCUAUCCUCAACAUGGCAAUCUCAGUGCGAUGGCCUUCCGCCGACAUCCGAUAGUUUGGCGUCAGAGCACUGUAUCGAUGUCUCGGCAUCCUCAUCAUUUAUUUCAUCAGAUUAUUCUUUCCCUGCGAAACCCCAACCUUCAUUGGAAUUUGAUCCUUACAUGUUCGACGUAGCGUUUGGCAAUUCGAUGGCGUCCGCGGGUCAAAAUUUCCCUGAUUUUUCUCCUUCACCGUGCGAGACGCGGGUUCAAACACCUUCAUUAGUUAUCGAUACCACACAGGGCAGCUCGGCCUGGUCGCAAGCUUCAUCGCCCUAUUGUAACUCUCCCUCCACUCCUCAUUUCCCCAUCGAUCCAUCAUCUUUCGAUACAUUGUGCACGGAAGGCGACGAUCCGUAUAUGUCCGGUUCAUUUUCAUUCAACAACUCCUAUCCCCUUCAUUGCCAUGGGGGAUUCCCAGACACUUUCAACGCAUUUGGUCACCCCGAAAAUCUGGACACAUCGUCGUUCUCGAAUGAAGAUUUCUUCUCGAAAAACCAAUUUUCCUUGUUUGAACCGGGGAAAGUGGAGCUUGCCAGCGUGGAUAUGGAUUUUUUCCGCUUUCAUGUCGUCAUUACCAGCCUUCUGAUCGCGAGUGCACUAUUUUUCCUUGGUUCCCAUUAAGAAACUAACCGGUGUAUUUUUACUGGCAAACGCGGAACUUUUCAUGUAACAACUUGUAACAACUCAUCAACCCUUCUCAUCCCAUUUUGCGAUACAUACUUCCAUACUUGCGUCAUACCCACUUGGCUUUGUGUAUAGUUAUACCUAUCUACAUGUACUUAGAACGGUUCUCCUUGCCAGCGCAACAGAGAAUUGUCAUAGAUUGCUGCAAUUAGUCUAGCUUGAAGGGUCUGAUUCAUGAUUCAUGUCUCACGAGGAGUUUACGGUGAAAUGACGGCAUUCGACACCUGACCUUCUUUCAUAUCGGGUCAUUGU